AUAUAUUCAAAUUAAAAUUUUCAACUCUUUUAAUUUUCUUUUCCCUUCUUAGAACUCUCUAGAUAUAUUUAUGUUAAACUCCUUAAACUCUCCCUCCCUUCUUAAUUAAAUCCCUCAUCUUCUCUCAUUUCCCCCCUAACACAUAAUUAACUUCCUAAAUGGGCACACUAAUCGGGCACGUCGGGCCGGGUUUUGGGUUCUUUGCAAUUGGAUUAUGGCACCUCUUUAACCACCUUAGACUACUAGCCCUCAAAGGACCUAACAACUACAAAUCCCUCCCAUGGUUCCCUUCCACCCUCCACCACCGCCUCCGCCGCCUCGAACUCCACUUAAUCAUGAUUGCCACCUUCUUCUCCGUCGCCAUGGAACUCUUCAUCGGCCCGGCCCGCCACCAACCCUUCGACCCGGACGGUACAAUCCCUUCAAACCACCUUCACAACUUCGAGCACUCCUCCAUUUCUCUUACGUUCUUUGUUUACGCCUUCUUCGCCCUCGCCCUCGACAAGUGGCGCGAGGGCGGCGGCCGUAAUAUUCGGGCUCAGUACGACGUCGUUCAGCUCCUUGGUGCACUUGCAUUUGGUCAACAACUUCUUUUAUUUCAUCUCCAUUCUUCUGAUCAUAUGGGGGUUGAGGGACAAUACCAUUGGCUACUUCAGCUUGUUGUGUUCAUUUCUUUGUCCACUACUAUCCUUGGCAUCGCCUAUCCAGGAAGUUUCGUGAUCGCGUACACGAGGUCCCUUAGCAUACUCUACCAAGGAGUAUGGCUCAUGGUCAUGGGAUUCGCAUUGUGGACCCCACACUUGAUUUCAAAAGGGUGUUUCAUGCAUGAAGAAGAAGGUCAUAAGGUGGUUAGGUGUGAUGGGAAGGAGUCACUUCAUCGUGCUAAGGCGCUUGUAAAUAUUCAGUUUAGUUGGUUGUUGAUUUUGUUGGGUGUUUUUGCGACGUCGUUUUAUGUCUUUAUAAUGAAGGCUUAUGAUGUGGAGUAUUAUAGUCCUAUGGCUUUGUGUGAUCAAGAGGGGGAAGAAGAUGUUGAAGCGCAGAAGAUUGAAGGAAAAAUCAUUGAAACGCAUAACUUUGUUAGUGGGGCCGGGAAUAAUAAUAGUAAUAAGGGUAUUGAUCACAUGGAAAGGUAGUAGAUUGAAUUGAUAAUAAAUUAACAAGUUAUCGGUUCAGAUUAAAUUGUCACGUACUCACGUUAUUACUAGUUUGUAUAUAAAGAUUAAAGUCACUUGUAUACUUGUCAGUCGUUAGUCAAAUUUAGGGGAAAGGACAGGGUUCAUUAUGAUAUAGUGUGUGUUAUAAUGUGUGUUGCUUUCAUGGUUAAGGCACAAAAAGAAUUGUGGCCUUUGUGAAUAUGUAUCAUGUGUGUUUUUUGAUACUUGAAUUAUGGAGUACUUUGUAAAUUACUUACAUUUAUAAGAAACAACUUUAAUUUGCUUUUAAACAAA